AUGGUGACCCUUAGCGUCGCGGGCACCGGAAGUUGGCGCAAGGAAGAUGGCGAGCUAUGGAUUAGAGUAUUUGGUGCAGAUCAAGAGAAGAAGAUCGCCAAAGGUCGAUUGUUGCUGGAUCGGUGUCUGCUGCGCGAGAACCGAUGGGUCAAGAAAAUUCUUGUCGAACUCCGUGCCUUGAGCGAUGAGGUCAUAAGCUUUGAGCUCUGGCGAAGUACUUCUCAGUCGAUCGAGUUCCUGCAGUUUGUCACAAGCUGGAGCGUGAACUUGGCUCAGUGGACUCAGUCCGGUGUUGCGAGACGAUGGUACAAAGUCAGGAAUGGCCGGCAGCAACAAUUCGACAGCUUAAACGAGAAAACAAAUGAAGUUUCGUAUUGUGAAAAUGAGAAUGAGCUUCAGAGCUCGUCAGCUUAUAUAUGUUUGGCAGCUUUUGGCGCCAAAAAUCUGGACGUCGAAUGCUUGGAAUCGUCACAACCAAAGGAAGCUACUGCCUGCAAAACUUCGUCUUUUGAAUUUAUACUUCCUCGCGUAGCUAUUUCGAAAAGUAGAGAGCUGCAAGCAGUACGAAUUGGACAAAUUGUAAACGAGGUCCGAUUCGAUAUUUUGCAAGAUCUGAUUCCUUUGACGCUUUACGGGCACGAUGGUAAUAAAAAGCAGCCAUCAGCAGGAACGGUAACCAAGCUAGAGGACGGAAUGAUGAAAGCGCUGGUGCUACUGCAGCUUUCGUGUCAGUACGUAAAUUACUGCAUCAGUGAGCUGCAUCAAUAUUCCAGUAAGCUUGAGAAUCGAAAGGAGAGAUUAGAAAAGAAAAAAAAUCGAGUCAAACAUCGCCGAAAAAUUCUUUGCGAGCAAAAGAUUAACGUGCUUCGUGAGGUUGAGGGGUCAACGAAAUCGCUAGGCACGGUCCAAACGCUUCUUAAGGAACUGGACCCAGAGAUAUUGGCUUAUUUGCAAAAUGACCACGAGAUGACUUUUGAAGAGGUGACAGAAAGCGUGGAUCAGCAUAUAUAG